UCGACUCUCUAGUCUGUCUCUACCUCCCUCUGUGUUUAUAUGGAUUAUGACAAACUUCAUUGAGGGUUUCCGUUAAUGGCUACGGGCUCGAACUUAUUACCGUCUGGGAAUUAGAAUAUCCAUUGUGAUUCUUGAUCAGAUUUGUGUUUAUUGAACCUUUUUAUUAGUUGGGUUUGAUGGAUUUAUUUGAUUACUUCUGUUCCUACAAAACAAAUAUCACUUUUCGAUUCUUCUUUAAGAUAGUCUUCUAGUUUUUUAGUUUGACUGCCGCUUAAAUAUUUCGUUCCCAGAUGCUUUAACAUGUUGCUGAAGUUUGUAUGUUGCUGUGUGUUAUCCAAUUUGUGGUUUUAACUUUCCUAAUUAAUGUGCAUUUGUUGUCCAAAAUGUGCUUUUUUCUUUAUAAUUAUCGUGCGGCGUAUUAUGGUGCAUAACUUUCACCCACUAAUUCGGUUUAGUGUGAUCUAGCGUGCUUGGAUGCAAGUGCAGCAAUGGAAACUGAAAAGAAACUCGAGAUUGCGGCACUGCUCAAAGUUCUUCCCCCUGUAGAGUUCUGUUGUGUGUAUGGCUCAGCUCUCCAUCCAAACAAUACUGAUAAGAUCCUUUGCAAUGGCAUACUGAGAAUAUGAAAAUUAACCGAGAUCACUAUGCCUCAUGGAUGGUACACCUCGGUGGUGCAAAGCUGGUUUUUUUCUCUACCCCUGAUUACUGAAGUUGCUGAUGAAAUUGGUGUUGGGGUGCACUUCAACCCAUUUGUUACUUGGAAGGACAAGAUGUACAAGUACGGAGUGGUUCGGAUGGAUGACUUAAUACGGGACAUACUAAAUUGGGAGAGGUUCUAUUUGAGUGGUCGUCUACAAAAACCUGUUCGUGUACUUGUGGAUAACUUGGAUAUAGGAAAUAUAAACUCUGUUAAUUUGAGGGCUGCAACCUCUGCUGCUCUGCUGCUUUCUCCAUCUAGAUUCUCAGAGGAAAAUCUUUAUGCCACGAUAUGCAGUCUCUCAUACAUGGGGGACUUGAGAAUGUUCUUUGCAGAGGACAAGCAUAAGGUGAACAAGAUUGUACAAGGGCAAUUUACAUUAUUCCAAUCAAUGUAUAAGCCAUUUCUUGAAGAAUUUGCAACCAAGGAUUUGCUGAUAUUCACUUCAUCUGUUGGUAACCAAAUAAAUGUUUCUCAGGAUUGUGGUUUAUCUGCAGCUUCCUCCCUUGUUUCUCGUCUUCCUUCGGCUAUCAGAAGUGAUAUGGCAUUAAAGUUGGGGAAUAAGACACAGCUGAGUGAAUCUGGUCAAGUCACACAUGAACUUGCGAUUCCUUCAAGAGAAGCAGCAGCAGAAUGCAUGCGGAAGAUUGUGAGGUGUAGGGUUAUGGUUUCAAGUGCCAGGCAAGCAGUAUCUGGUCUCCUGACUAUUGGUGCUGUUCAUGGAGUUAGAUAUGUUGCAAAUAAAAUGCGCAAGGCUUGGAAAUCCUAGACAUGACCUUUCAUCGGUAAUUUUUUCUGUUCCUUUUGUCGAAGAGAGAUCACUAUGACGUGUUUCUAGUUGCAUGGCGGAGCUUUUUGAAGAUGAAGAAAGGGAGUUCUUGGAAUAACUUUUGUGAAUUUCUUUUCUGGCGCUUGAGUUUUUUUUUUUUGCAAAAGAGAAGGUUUCUUGGAAAGAAACCAAGAAACCUUUUUUUUUGGUUAUCGGCUUUCUUAGAAAGAAACUUGAGGGGCUGAAAAAAUGAUUUCACAAGGCUGGAGAUGCCAUUUUGUCUUUGUUUUAGGAGUAUACAGAUGUUUGUACUUUACAAUGUCGAAAUGAAAUUACAAAAUUUUCAGCC